UAAAAAUUUUAAAUAAAAACAAAAGGCAAACAUGCCUAAAUAUUAUUGCGAUUAUUGUGACACGUAUUUAACGCACGAUUCACCUUCGGUGCGAAAAACACACUGUACCGGGCGCAAGCAUCGUGACAAUGUUAAGUUCUACUAUCAAAAAUGGAUGGAGGAACAGGCGCAACAUUUAAUUGAUGCUACAACUGCCGCCUUCAAAGCAGGAAAAAUUACGCAAAAUCCAUUUGCCGGUGGACCACCUAAACCGGGUGGUGUGGCGAUACCACCGCCACCAAACAUGGCAAUACCACCUAGACCUGGUAUGAUGCCGCCCGGUAUGCCUGGAGGUCCUGGCAUGCCGCCAAUGAUGAUGGGACCUCAUGGUGGUCUACCGCCACCUAUGAUGGGUAUGCGCCCUCCUCCCAUGAUGGGUCCAAUGGGUAUGAUGGGACCACCACCACCGCUUGGUACCUUAGCCGGGGUACGACCAACAUUAAUGAAUGGACCGCCACCAAAAUAACAAGAGGUUAAUAAAGGAGCAGGAGGAGCUCACAAAGCUGUAAACAACUAACAUUUACAUUUUCUGUCUCAAGAAAUUUUAACUUAAGUUGGAUUUAAGAUUAGUAUUUAAAUUUUCUAAUACUUACAAAUUGUACUUUAAAAAAAGUUCAAAUAUAUAAAUUUUUAAUUAAAUUUGCUU